AUGGAUGACCCGCGCCUGAAAUGGAGCAGGGGGUUGAGGCUUCCGCGCUCGCAGAGCUGCGGAGUCGUGACGCACUUGCCGAAAACUCGCGGCAAGCGGCCCGACCAUGGCAUCUGGCCGGUGGGUGCACCAGGUCCACUGUGGCAGCCGCAGACUGCUGAGCAGCGAGCUUGGCGAGCCAUGACUGGCUCCGCGGUCCGGGCUGCCGCAUCCGUGCAGCUGACCCGAAAAGGUGCGGCGAAGAGCCAGGUGCACGAGACCCCGGGCAUCGAGGCUUGGGACAGCGUCUCGCAAGCGCCCAGUGUUCCCGGUACUCCAUACACGAGGUCUUCUGGCGCUCCCACCGAGGCAUUGAGCGCGGAAAGCUGCGACUCCAGCAAUGCCAGGGAGCAUCGGCAGCUCAAUCGCAUCAUCCGCGAGCGUUUCACCAGGAAUCGAGAAGGCUGGCAUGAUUGGCACGUCGGGCGGGUGAUUGGCUGA